UGAUUUCUUUUUCCUGUAUAUCAUCAGUAUUAUGAUGUAUUACCUUAAGGAAGAGUUUACUAAAUAAUAAUUAAUAAUCUAAAGAAAAAAUUUUCUACUCAUUACUUGUAAUCAAUUCAUCCACUUGAAGCAAUCAUUUAACAAUUAAAUCCACGCCAUUGUGUAUGUCUCAAUCAGGGGAACAGAAUUAUCAAUCAACCCACUUUACCCACAAUAACAAAGGGAAGAGGUGGUGAUAAUAUUAUCACCGUCAACCUCGGUGGUGAUAAACGAGAGAGAGAAAGAGGAGAGGUAGAGGGAGACUGAGGAGAUAAUUCCAAUGAACAGGUUAUGGUGGAAAAGAAGAAAACAAAAUGAAGCAUUUCGAAAUGUUCGAUUUCAAUGAUCCUCAAGGAAAAUAUCAUGAUAGAAAUUGCCAUAGAUAAGCAUAAGAGGCUUACCUUUUCUCCCUCUUCUCAUCAUCUUCAUCAUCCUCAUCAUCUUAAUCAAUUGUGUCACUUUCUCAAUAUUUUCGUUAUUCUUGUUGAUCUUUCUAAUGGUUUUUUUUAUCCUUUUUACUUUUAUGUAAACAGUGAAAACAAACAACCUUUUUUUAUACUUCUUUUUGCCAUUACCUUUGUUUCUUAAUGAUAAUAAUUAAGUUAAUUAGUCUAUUCUCUUUUCAUGUAUAAAUCAAUUUUUUGACUUGCGAAAUGUACAAUCAAUAGAAUUACAAUUAGCUAAUUGCUCAAUUUGCUUUUAUUUUAUUUUAUUUUUAUAUUCGUUUACAUCAUCAACGUGUCUAAAUAUAUUCACUAUUUUAUUAAUACCUUUUACUAUUCAUUGAAAUUGUUUUGGUUAAUUGUUACAAUCAACAUAAGCAACUAUAUUAAUCAAGAUGAAACGGUUAACUGUUCCAAUUACCAUGAAACGUAUCCCAUUGAGACCAAUUUUCUUAGCCCCAUUAGCUGAGUUUCGUUACGAUCAAUGUCCAAUCAAAUGGGCUCAGACUCCAAGUCCAACGACUCUGGUUCCUGGUAAAAGGCAAUCACCAAUCAAUAUAAAUCGAUCAGUUUGCUUGGUCGGUAAAAGUUUAAUCUCUCGGCCACUUCGAUAUGAAUUCCCAACAGUCAUUGAAAACCUUGAGAUGGUCAACUCAGGGCAUGGAUGGACAGUCAACAUCCCACCUCAUAUUGGUGAUAAAACUGGAUUAACUGAUGGUCCGUUAUUAGAUAAAUAUAAUUUGGUUCAGUUUCAUGCUCAUUGGGGAUGCGAUUCAACCUCAGGCUCUGAACAUACGAUUGAUGGUCAUUCUUAUGCAUCGGAAUUGCAUUUUGUUCAUUACAAUUCAACCUUGUUCUCAUCUUUCGGUGAAGCGGUGAAAAAAGAUCGAGGACUUUCAGUUAUCGCUGUUUUUCUGGAGGUUGGGGAUAAAAAGAAUGAACAAAUUGAGAAAAUUGUCAAACACCUGAAAGAUAUCAAGUACAAAGAUGAGAAGACAAUCAUUUCAGAAGGGAUUUCAUAUGUUGGAUUUUUCCCGGAGAAAAAAUCAUAUUUCACCUAUGAAGGUUCAUUGACAACUUCACCUUACCAUGAAUCGGUUUCAUGGAUUGUUUUUGAAAAUCCCGUCACGGUAACGGCUGAUCAGAUCACCGCAAUGAGACAACUGAUGUGCAAUACCAAGGAAACGGAAAACAAGGAUUCAUCAGGCCUUAGCCAAAACUAUCGACAACCUCAACCAAUAAAUGGACGUGAUGUUAUUUAUGUUCGUUGAGUAUUUUUCAAAUGUCCAGAUUCGAAUUGAAAUUCGAAUGUCCAAAAGAAGAAAAAUAACCUUAAAAGUCCACUAAACAUAACAACGCAAUACAUAACACAAAGUAUUAAUACAUAUACACAUAGUCGAUCCAAAAAUUAAGUUGAACGAAAAAAGAUUCUCAUUGGAAAUCAAUGUUAAUCUAAUUUCGCCAAAAAAAAUGCAAUUUACUUUUGAAAAGUUCUAUUUUUCGCCAAUAUUUUUAGAUAGAUUUAAUAAUUAUUAUUACAAAUUCGAAAUUUUUACCUUAAGUAUAAAUUUCGAGCACUACAAGUCAUUCAACUCGAUUUUUCGACUAUCCUAGACGCUAAUGUUAACGAAUUAAUUAUAACUUAAUUUCCCUUUUAAUCAUUUGCAAAUUAUAUUUAACUAAUCAAUUGUGAUAGAAUGAAAAGAUUCUAAAUUUUUCUUAGCAAUUAAAAUGAUGUUGUUAAGAUCCUUGGUAAUUUAGAUUGUUAUAUUUUGAUUGUUAUCUAAUUAUCAGGAUUUUUCUCAUCAAUUUCAAAGUAAAUUCAACUUAAUUUUUUACAACCCAAAAAACUGGUCAAUUGAAUAGUCACAAUUAAGGACUGAAAUUGAUUAAACGAAUAUCGCAAAUUGUUGAUCACAUUAUUAUCCACUCAUAGGUAUCUCACUCAAGUUAAAAAUUCGUAAAAUUAGUUGAGCAAUUAACACGAAAAUAAAAUAAUUUAACAAUUCGACUUAAUUUUUGGUUCGACUGUAUAUGAAUUCUCGAGUUUGGUCCAGGAAGUUGUGGUAAAAGGAGCAGAAUCUACAUUUCCCCUUCUUCCUCUUAGCAAGUAAAGUAAAGAAAAAAAGUUCAAAGUAUAAACUUGAGUUCGUUAAUUAUCACUGUGAUCAAAUCAUUAUGAUCAAGUUGAGUUGAUACUUAUUAGAACAAUUAACUAAUUGUUAGAUUGAAGAUGGAGAUUAGUCUUAUUCAAACCAUUUCUGAUGACGAUUAAUUCGUAUUUUUUUAUUCGUUUCAUUUUCAUCCUUACCUUUUUUCCUUCUGUAAUUGAUGAAUUCAAAGGUUUAAUUAAUUGAGAAAAUUAAUUAAUAUUCUUGUCUUUUAAUCUUAGUUUUCUUUCCUUAAUUGGUCACUAGAUGGCGACUAAAGUACAGUCGAGGUUCUUAUGUUUAAGAUAAUUCAAUUUCCAAUGGAAAUUCAUUUGUUUCGAUAUGAGUGACCUUACGAAAAUCGAAACAUGGGUUCGAUAUCGUCGAAAAGUGUACCAACACGACGGUCAAAAGUUAAUCUUAAUGAUUGAUUGUUCAAUUGAUCGAAUUCGAAUUUUUUUUUCUUUACUUUCGCCUAAGGCAAAAGAGAUUCUCCUCCUCUUGACCACAACAUUCUGGACCUCAUAUGACCUAAGUUGCGAUUUACUUGCGAUUAUCGUUAAAUUUAGUUGUUAAAUUGAAGAUUUUCAGUUAAUCAUGACAAUUUUGUUAAACAUUUCAAAUUUUAAUUGUAAUUAAAGUUUACUAAAUAAACUAAAUAAUCAAAGUUAAUGGUUAAAAAUUAAA